UAUCCCACCCGCUCCAAUACCCAAACCCACUCCCACCAAAUCAUAUACAUCAAAAUGCCCCUCUGGCAAAUCUACCACCCACCAACCACCUUCACCACCCCACCCAGCAAGCACUCCUUCGCACAAGACAUCACCAAAUUCUACACCGAACUCGGCCUCCCCGCCUUCUACGUCGUCGUCAACUUCAUCCAGACACAACCCGACGAUGUCUACGUCGGAGGCACACCCAAACACCCCACCGACGAUAAACCCUUCGUCCGGAUAGUCAUCACGCAUAUUGCGCUGCAUGUGCCGGACUCUGAUGCUGCGUAUGCACGCACAACUAGUCGUUUGGAUAGCGUUUUGAAACCUCAUCUUUUGGAUAAAGGGUACGAUUUCGAGUAUCAUGUUGAUGAGACGGAUAGACGCCUGUGGAAGAUCAAUGCGUUGGUGCCGCCGCCGUUUGGGAGUGAGGGGGAGAGGAUGUGGGUGAAGGAGAAUAGGGCGGUUGAGUAUGAGAGGAGUUCCUCUUCUAUCUGAUUGAUUUUUUUGUAUUUUUCUUUCGGUUCAAAGGAGGGGAAAUGUGGUUGGGUUUGGGUUGAGGUCAUCGGAUGGUAGGGUUGACUGGGGAGAAUGGAAGCUAUGUAGGUGCAAUAUGGCACAAAAUGAAUGGAGC